GCAGCCUGAGCCCGUCCCGUCCGGGCGGCCGGGAAACUUUUCCGAGGGCGCGGGCAGGGCCGCGGGGCAGAUCAGAUGAUGCUAUAGAUGACACGGCUGAAGUCAAAACAAUGCAUGAACUGAUGAGAAACAGCAUUGCCUUCUGAGAACAUUAGCUUCCUAGUUGCUGGAAAUCCUAAGUGCGACUUUACUACCAAAAGAGACCCUGACGUUCUGUGAUCAUUGAGCAGAGUUUGCAAGAAUGGAAAAGCAAAGGACCCCACUAGCUACAUCUCAUAAGUAGAAAUUUCCAAGAUUCAGCUGAAUCGAAAAAUUAUUCCAGCCAUGGGAGAAAAUGCAAGUUUUUGGGAAAGUUUGAUAUAUGCACAUCCUACGUGUACCACUUGGAAGCAAGAGGCAGAGGGAUCUAUCUACCACCUAGCCAGUAUUCUCUUUGUUGUGGGCUUCAUGGGUGGAAGUGGAUUCUUUGGGCUUCUCUAUGUCUUCAGCUUGCUUGGAUUGGGCUUUCUCUGCUCUUCUGUUUGGGCUUGGCUGGAUGUCUGUGCUGCUGAUAUAUUCUCCUGGAAUUUUAUACUGUUUGCUAUAUGCUUCGUCCAGUUCAUUUACGUUACCUACCAAGUUCGGAGUGUUUCCUUUGACAGAGAAUUCCAGGAACUCUACAGCGCUCUCUUCCAGCCUCUGGGAAUUUCCUUGACUGUCUACAGGAAGAUCGUCUUGUGCUGCGAUGCAGAAGUGGUUACCCUAGAGAAGGAACACUGUUAUGCCAUGCAGGGCAAAACACCUAUUGAUAAACUGUCCUUGCUUGUGUCAGGCAGGAUCAGAGUGACAGUUGAUGGGGAGUUUCUGCAUUAUAUUUUUCCUCUUCAAUUUCUGGAUUCUCCUGAAUGGGAUUCACUGAGGCCCACAGAAGAGGGAAUUUUCCAGGUAACACUUACAGCAGAGACAGAUUGUCGGUACGUGGCCUGGAGGAGAAAGAAGCUGUAUCUGCUGUUUGCUAAACACCGUUUCAUCUCCCGCCUGUUCUCAAUUUUAAUUGGGAGUGACAUUGCUGAAAAACUGUAUGCCUUGAAUGACAGAGUGCACGUGGGGAAAGGCUUUAGGUACGACAUUCGGUUACCGAACUUCUACCACAUCUCGCUGCCAGAGACCCCUCCGGUGCAACCCUCCCACCACCUACAGAGAGGGUCCCCCCGGCGCAAGCCCACGGGGGUUACAAACUGCAGCUCCUUCAGCACACAGUCCUAGGAAGGAAAAAUCUGCUGCAGCCAUUCCUCAAAGUGAUGAAGGGAAAUGCAAAGUGGUGAAGCAGAAGAGCAGAAAGAUGAAGCAGAAUGAGACCCGAUCAAGCCAAAUUUGACUGACAAGUGCCAUUUACUUUCAUUGGAGUAGCUUGAAUUCUUCCUCUCUCUAGAGCCAGUGGGUUGGCUUCUGCAUUUUGACUGUUUGUGCAGUAUGUUUAGUUUCUGUUGAGUCUUUUGUUGAUCUUCCAUCUCCUUACUUUUGGAGGAAAACAAAUCAUAACAGGCUGAAGUUUUGUUGUAAUUGUGGUGGCCUCUGUGUUGUAUUUUUAAAAAGACCAGACCCACAGUAUUUGUAAUUAUACUGUCUCAAAAUUAUUUGCCAUAAUGAAGUAUAGUCAGUAUAGUCAAUGAAAACAAGUUGUCUUCAAAAUAUAGCAACUUGCUUGUAACAUUCAUAUUUAUGCCACGUGAAUAUUGUGUCAAUUAACUGGAAGAAUAUUGCAGAAAAAGACUAAGAGACCGAUUGUAUUGGUUUUGUUUUUUAAAGAAAUGAAAGAUUUUGAAAUGCACAGCAAGAUUCUUAAAAAACAAACAGAAGGAAACAACAAAUUCUGUCCCAUGAGUGAUUGGUUUCUCUCUGUCCUAAAGACAUAUUGUGUGAAAACAAACAUAAAUAUAAUUGCUGGCAUUAGAAAAGUAAAGCAGUUGUAACUGCUGCAAAUAUAGCUUAGGGAAACCAUUGUGUAGUGUUUCUGAUAGAAUGUGAUGCUAUAGGACCUAGGCUUCCACAGUGUCAGUGCCAUUUGUGACGUACAGUAAAUACUGUUAAUCAAUCAACUGCCAAACUAUUGGAGUUUGUUUUACAAUAUUCUUUUUAGCCAGGUUUGUCAGGAAGAAACUAAGAAACAGCCGCAGCAAUAAAUACAA